AUGUCCGGCGGCCUCUUGAAGCCCGAGAAGGACUUCACCAAGGAUGCCGACAAGCUCAUCCCAGAGGCUGAAGGUCUUGCUAAGACUGAUGUCCAGGGAGCGAUCGAUAAGCUGUUGGGUUUGGAGAAGCAAUCGAGACAGGCAUCUGAUCUUGCCACCACAUCGCGACUCCUGAUUGCCAUUGUUACCAUCAGCAAGAAUGCCGGCGACUGGAACCUUCUCAACGACCAAGUGCUCCUCCUAUCCAAGAAACAUGCCCAACUCAAGCAGGCCACAACGAAGAUGGUGCAGACGGUGAUGGGAUUCUUGGAGGAGACACCGAGCAUGGAGGUCAAGAUGUCUGUGAUUGAGACUCUGCGGACAGUGACCGAGGGAAAGAUCUUCGUUGAAGUAGAGCGAGCCCGCGUCACACGCAUCCUUUCGAAUAUCAAAAAGACCCAAGGAGACCUCAACUCGGCAGCAGACAUCCUGUGUGAGCUGCAAGUGGAGACAUUUGGAUCGAUGACGAGACGGGAAAAGACAGAAUUCAUCUUGGAGCAGGUCUCUUUGUGCAUUGAGCGUGGAGACUGGACCCAGGCCCAGAUUCUCAGCCGCAAGAUCAACAAGCGCUACUUCAACCGCAAGCCCAAGAAGUCCGCCGAGGAAAUUGAGAAGCUCAAGAAGGAGGCUGAGGAGAAGGAGAAGACCCGUGGGCCCGAUGAGCCUCCUAUGGAGGUUGAUGACGAUGUGACAGAUCUCAAGCUUCGUUACUUCGAACAGCAGAUCACCUUGGCCAACCAUGAUUACAACUACCUCGAAGUUUGCAAGAACUACCGGGAGGUUUUGGACACAGAGGCUGUCGAAAACAACCCAGAGCACCUGCGUGCCUCACUCGCCCGCAUAGUCUACUACGUUGUCCUCUCUCCCUACGAUAAUGAACAGUCCGACCUCCUGCACCGCAUCAAGCAAGACUCGCGACUGUCGCAAGUCCCCGAGGAAGCCCGCCUGGUGAAGCUCUUUACCAUCCCCGAGCUGAUGCGCUGGCCCAUGGUUGCCGAGCAGUUUGGCCCUCACCUGUGCAACACCGACGUCUUCGACGCUGAGGCCAAGCAGACCACCGAGGACCAAGCUCACCGGAGGUGGCAAGAUCUACGGAAACGGGUCAUUGAACACAAUGUCCGUGUGGUUGCCAAGUACUAUACUCGUAUCCAGAUGGGCCGCCUGACCCAGCUUUUGGACCUGACCGAGGAAGAGACCGAGAAGUACAUCAGCGACCUGGUCACGUCGAAGACCAUCUACGCCAAGAUCGACCGCCCCGCGCGGUUGGUCAACUUCGCCAAGCCCCGUGAUGCUGAUGAUGUUCUGAACGAGUGGAGCAGCGACAUGAAGAGCCUGCUGGGUCUGCUUGAACGCAUUGAUCAUUUGAUCACCAAGGAGGAGAUGAUGGCCCGUAUCCAGCCUACUCGCAGUGACAUGGGCAAGGCUCAUUGA